AUGGACAACCACUUGGAUGAUCCUAGCUCCUAUCGAAGACUGAUAGGGAAGUUGCUCUAUCUCACCAAUACUAGACCUGAUUUGUGUUUCUCUAUUAAUUUGUUAAGUCAGUUUAUGCAAUCCUCCACUAACUAUCAUUAUCGGGUUGUGCAACAUAUUCUUAGGUACAUAAAAUCUAAGCCUUCGGAGGGAUUAUUUUUUGCAGCUGACUCUCCAAUACACCUAAAGGCCUUCAGUGACUCAGAUUGGGCAACCUGUCCCAAUACUAUAAGGUCUACUACAGUGUUUUGCAUCUUCCUUGGAACAUCCCUCAUCUCAGGGAAAUCCAAGAACCAAAACACUGUUUCCAGAUCUUCCACUGAAGCAAAAUAUCGGGCUCUAGCAACUACUGUAUGCGAAAUACUAUGGGACCACUAUCUCCUACAAGAUCUUCAAAUUCAGGAAGCAUGGACUUCUGCUCUCUAUUGUGACAACAAGUCAACAAGGCACAUAACUCAUGACCAGAGCUUUCACGAAAGGACUAAGCACAUAGAGCUCGAUUGCCAUGUUGUUCGUGAGAGAAUACAGGCUAAUCUUCCACAUCUCCUUCAAGUUCGCUCGGAUAAANUAAAGAAUCUGGGAGAGCUUAAAUACUUCCUAGGCUUAUAG